AUGGCAGCACAUGCAGGAGAUAAGCGUGGUCUUGAACAUUUAGACGAAUAUGAACCUAAACCAGCAAAACAGCAACGGACUCUUCACGAUCGCAUGACGGAGAAGCGGCUCGUUGUUGUCUUGGAAGGAGCAACGCUAGAGACAGUGAAGGUUGGUAAAACGUUUGAGUUGCUCAACUGUGAUCAACACAAAAAUUUGAUUGUAAAGAAUGGAAGAGACCCGGGCAAAGUUCGUCCUGAUAUCACACACCAGUGUUUGCUGAUGUUAAUGGACAGUCCAUUGAACAGAGCCGGGCUUCUGCAAGUGUAUAUCCACACGGAGAAAAAUGUUCUUAUAGAAAUCAACCCUCAGACCCGUAUUCCACGGACCUUCCCUCGCUUCUGCGGCCUUAUGGUUCAGCUCUUGCACAAGAUGAGCGUUAGAGCCGCUGACGGACCCCAGCGUUUGCUGAGACUAAUUAAAAACCCGGUGUCGGACCACCUGCCGCCCGGCUGCCCUCGGAUCAGCACAUCAUUUUCCGCGGGCGACGCAGUCUGUCCCCGAACUGUCGUUCCUAAAGACGGACCUGCCGCCGUGGUCAUCGGAGCAUUUGCACACGGUUCGGUGGACGUAGACUACACAGAGAAAACAGUGUCUGUCAGUAACUAUCCGCUGUCUGCUGCACUGACGUGUGCCAAAAUAUGUUCGGCUUUCGAGGAAGUCUGGGGUGUAUUGUGAUGAAGAACGGAAUAUUCCAUCACAUCCGUUUUUUUUUUCUUGUUUUUGUUUUUUUUUUUCUUUUUACGUGGAGAAGAAUUACAACGAAACACUCUAAUGGACUCUCCUUCACACCCAGGUUCUGCUUCAGUGUUCUGAAGUGGCUUCUUUUGUCUGCAGACUUAACCCACGUGUGAAGCGGUCCACAUAAAAUGAACAGUUGGUGUGAACAAU